AUGAUAAUUGAUACAACAGAAGUACACGCUAUCAAUUCUUUUUCUAGAUUAGAAUCCUUAAACGAGGUCUAUGGAAUUAUAUGGGUGUUUGUCCCUAUUUUGAUUCUUGUAUUGGGAAUCACGACAGGCAUACUGGUAAUUGUAUGGUGAAGAGAAAUAUCUGCAGGGAUACAACAACGUAUUGGACCUGAAUAUGCCGGUCCUUUAGGAAUUCUUCAAGCUCUAGCGGAUGGCACAAAACUACUUUUUAAAGAGAAUCUUUUUCCCUCUAGGGGGGAUACUCGUUUAUUCAGUAUCGGACCAUCCAUAGCAGUCAUAUCAACUCUAUUAAGCUAUUCAGUAAUUCCUUUUGGCUAUCACCUUGUUUUAACUGAUCUAAAUAUUGGUGUUUUUUUAUGGAUUGCCAUUUCAAGUAUUGCUCCCAUUGGACUUCUUAUGUCAGGAUAUGGAUCAAAUAAUAAAUAUUCUUUUUUGGGUGGUCUACGAGCUGCUGCUCAAUCGAUUAGUUAUGAAAUACCAUUAACUCUUUGUGUGUUAUCCAUAUCUCUACUAUCUAACAGUUCAAGUACAGUUGAUAUAGUUGAGGCACAAUCAAAAUCGGGUUUUUUGGGGUGGAAUUUGUGGCGUCAACCUAUAGGAUUUAUCAUUUUUUUUAUUUCUUCUCUAGCAGAAUGUGAGAGAUUACCUUUUGAUUUACCAGCAGAAGAAGAAUUAGUAGCAGGUUAUCAAACCGAAUAUUCAGGUAUCAAAUUUGGUUUAUUUUAUAUUGCUUCCUAUCUAAACUUAUUAGUUUCUUCAUUAUUUGUAACAGUUCUUUACUUGGGCGGUUGGAAUAUCUCUAUUCCAUAUAUAUUCGUUCCUGAGCCUUUUGGAAACAAAUAAAAUAGGUGGAG